UUUUUGCUUUUUCCUCCUUUCAUUUGCUCUUAUGCUUUACUUUUCCAACCUUUGAUUUUGAAAACUAUUUUCUUUUUCAGUGUGUCUCCUAAUGAACAUCUUCUUCUAUAAAUUGCCCCUACUCACCUAUACAACUUCCCCUUCUCUUCUUCAUCUUUUUCUUUUCUACCUAUUCAUCUUCUCUUUCCAUCUUCAACCUUUGAUGAUAUCUGUAUGUUAAUGUUUCAAGUUCCCAGUGAAACCCUUGGUUCCGGUUUUAGGUUUAUGAUAAAUUCCUCCUUCAGACGCAGGACCCAGUUGGUUCAAUCUUUCUCUGUUGUCUUCCUCUACUGGUUCUAUGUUUUUUCAUUAAUCUCAUGUAUUAUAUAACUGACGUGUAAAUUAUCAGUGUCAUCUCUGGGUCCUGCGUCUUAGAAUUGUUUUUUCAUCUUUUUUUCGUUUCUGUACAAUAUCAUUCCAUCUUUUCCAUGGCAUCAUCAAGUGGAAACUCUUUUAUUUGCACUAAGAUUCAAAGCUCCGGCUCCGAAGGAGAUUUACAGGUUCUGACGUUGGACGAGAGAAAGAACAAGAGAAAACAAUCGAAUCGUGAAUCCGCGAGAAGAUCUCGGAUGCGAAAGCGUGACCACUUGGAAGACCUCAGGAAGCAAGUGUCAGAGUUCACAAAGGAGAACAUAGAAAUCAUGGCGACCAUAGACACGACCACACAACACUAUCUGAAAACCGAAGCAGAAAAUUGCGUUUUGAGGGCCCAGAUGGGUGAGCUUAACCAACGGCUCCAAUCUCUGAACGACAUCAUCGUGGACAUCAUCAACACAACCACCUCCUACGAAAGGGACUGUUAUCUAACAAGUUCAGAAUGUUUUAGCAACACGGUCUGUCUCAACCAACCUGUUUUUCAGUGGUGAAUUGUGUUGUUUGAAGCUAUGGACCUGAGAAGAAAGAAAGAAGAAAGUUGAAUGUAGUUUUGGUUAGGAAGUGGGAGAUGGGUAAGCAAAAUCUGUGCCAAGUGCUCGAUGAAAGGGACACACUCAUCUUCAACUGUGUCAGCUCGUGUUUACUUUCAUCCAAAUAAAGAUUUCAGUGCUCCUGUAAUUUAUAUUUACAUAUAUGUUAUUAAUGCAUCUACAUUGUCUCUGCUUUAAA